CUAGGGCGGCGCGCACACGGCCGCCGCUAGCCGCCCGCUCAGUACGUCCUCGCGGUACUUGCACUCGUUCGCUCGCCGUAUUCUCCGCGCUCCGGUGCACCGUAUCGCGCCGCAGGUUCCGCGAGCCAGGUGAGGUUGGGGCCGACGCGGCCCCGGCCGUGCGGCGCGUCGCUGACGCUGUAUUGAUCGCAUCCUGUCUCAUCUGACUGUUUGAAUGUUUAUAAACAGCCGGUCGCAUCCAUUCGUUCCCUCUUGUUUCUGAUAAGUUUGUCUGACGGCAGACGAGCCGGCCGCUGCUGAAAGGAACGCUGAGUGCUGGCUCCGACUGCGCACCAACUGGAUUCAGUGCACAUCUCAGCCGGCAAGAGAGAAGUUUGUGAAUAAAAGAAUUAGAAAUUUUAGUUUAAAAAUGGGCAUCGUCACUUAAAUUGGUUAGAUUGUAACGUCAGCAUGAGAAGAGUAUAGGUAGCCAUGUUAUCGUACAUGGUACCGGUGGAGGAGAAGCCCCCGCCGGGUCCAGGGAAGGGCCGGCUCGCGCUGGAGCUGAGCGGCAGUCCCGGCAGCCCGGAGUCGGCCGCGCGCCGCAACAGGACUAACAUUUCCAAAGAGUCGUCGACGAGCUCGUUCGCCAGUGAUCUAACGAUAUCUUCGUCGACGCCUACUGGCGCCCACGAGAAGCCCAAGCAUAAACUGCUAAGCAAUGGCACCAAGCACACUACGCUUAAAAGGGUGUCAUUUGGAAGUUCAAAAGGGUCUAUGGUAGAGACCCUAAUUUACGAGAGCCCCCUGCAGGAGGAGCCGGAGAACAGCCCCCCGCCGCGGGUGCAGGAGACCGCGUUCCCCUACACGCCCGUCGAAGACGAUUCGGAGCGUUCUAAGGUACGCGUGUCGUUCUACCAAGGGGCGCGGCCGCAGUGUCUGUCCCCGCCGCCGGCGCCUGAAUCGCACGUACUGUACGCGGCACUGCUCUCCGCCGCCGCUAACGGUGACAUGGCCGAACACGCUAUGUACAACAGACAGAUCAGCACGGAGAGCGGCUGGGACAACCCGUUCCGGCCCGACGGCGACCUGAGCCGUGAGGCCGACGAGAUAGUGUCGCUGAUCAAGGGCGGCAAGCCCAUCACGCCGACGCCCACCGCCGCGCCGCAGCUACCCGCCUGCCACGAAAACGACGACAAACUACAAGCGAAUGAUGUUAGCGCUAGUGCUCCGUCUUCGCCUGAGACGAAAGUGGCAAGUCCGGUGCAGCAGAGCAGUCCGAAGGCCAUGAACGGCACGAAGAACGGCGCGGUGGGCGCAGGCGCGGGCGCGGGCGGCGGGGAGGCGCGCGUCGGGCCCGUGGAGGUGCAGCGCUCGCCGCCGCCGCAGCCGCAGCAGCCCGAGCACGUCACGCUGCGCAAGAAGCCCAAGUGCAAGUGCUGCGCCAUACAGUAACGUGCCCGCGAGUUCUCGCCCGUUUCUUCUGCGCUUCACCGGUAACACGCUCUGCUUACCCGCGGCCGCGCUCGGCCCACGGUGUUUACUCGGUGCUAAAUAUUCAUUUUUUUUCAACUUGUUUUACAUUCGUAAAUCGACCUAUAUUGAGAUGAAAAAAAAAUAUUUCUAAUCAGGAAUGCCUAUGUGUUCAUUGUACUAUUUACAAAGCAUCACGAGUGUGUUUAGGCGUGUAUUUUCGUGUAAUAUUUACAAAUGAUAUUCGAAGCCCGUUUCGCAGUAUUGCAUAGGUACUACUACGACAGUUUUCAUUUGUCUGUUAUUACCUUAAGGUGGUUUUUGAUAAUAAUUUUAUGUGCUAAGUUUUGUUCUUUAUUAGGGUACAAACACGAAAGUAUUUAUUACGUUUAGCUAGUCUGAGAAAAAAUAAGUUUCGGAUGUUGUUUUGUUACAGCCUAUAUUAAAGUACUUUCAAUAUCUGUGAGAAUAUAUAGGGACAAAAAAUGAUUGGUUUGACGAGAGAAUCUCAGGGAAAUUACCGGAGCUUGCCAAAAGAGAAGAGCUUACUUGAAACGUAAACAUUCGCGUAUCAGCAACACGAAACUGCAGCUGUGCUCAUAUGAUAUCGUUUGACACAUUGACAGAUGUAUAUUCUUAUGUCUUAACUUUAUAGAAAUUGUAAUUUAUUUAAAAAUGUUAUUUUAGAGUUGAAUCUGUGUUGAAUAAUAAUAAAAUACAUAAUUUAAAAGCAGUUGCAUGUGACCUGUUUAACUUGUGCCAGUUUAAUGAAACAAAACUAAUGUACAGAUUAUAAUAAUUAUAAACGUGUAUCUGUAAACAUGAUGAAUAAAAAUUGCGUUGUACGUAGCAACAGGAGGCGUCCGUUGACGUGGCGAUGUAUUUGGCAGUAUUGUCUGCGUCCGCGUUCCAAACGUGCGACGCCUGCGCAGCUAAUCCCGUUACAAACCAAUGGUCACGCGCAUCUGCUUUUAACGUAUAUUUUUAUAUCUUUAUUUAUUAAAAGAAAAGUAUUAUAAAUCCUACAGAGUGGCUAAAUUGUCGGUAGAUAACCGUGACUGUUUUAGGUAGAUCAACAGAUAAAAUAUAUUUUGUCAAAUUUCUCUCCGGCUAUUUUUGAAUGCUACGAUUUAGUGUUCCAUUUUGAAAGUUGGAUACAGCAUUAGAUAAUGAUGUGUAGCGAGGCGUGUUUGAUAAUGUGUGGCGUGCGACCACUAUUCCCUGCCUGCGGGAUACCGACCUUAUCCUUACAGUUAGAGAAUAACUUGAGAAACCGUUCGUAGCUUGCACACCUAUAUCUGUAGUGAUAAUUGAAUAGUAGCUGGUUAAAUGGUGCAAUAUCAAAAUUGGGUGCUUUUACAUCGUCUAUGUAUUUUGAUUAUUUAAGUGAAUACUAUCCACCCUUUAAAUUUAGAUUAUCCAUUUUCCAGGAUUACUAGGCAGCUGUAUAUGACAUCUAUCGUAAUUUUUAUGACUACACGGUCUUAGUUCUUCGGUUAUAAUGUUAUUGUUCAGACAUGACAGUUAUCGUCAGAAAUUUUAAAGGAAAAGUAUAUAGUGUUAAAUUGAACACGUCUCGCUACCGCUUCAUCGGCUUAGUCAGUGUCCAUAAUACCCUAGCAUUCAAGAUUAGCCACAUCAAAUACGAUUAGGUAAAUGUUAUUGUUGUUAAUAUUAAACGUAGACUCCACACGCUUGCGUCCUGUACAGACGAUGUCUCUAUAACGAAUGUUACUAAUCAGUACGUGGGAUUGUGUCAUGCCUGAGAUGAAUAAGACUGUUAACGAGGGUGCCGAAGUAUUGGAUACUGGUUAGUAAUCGCGUAGGGCGACCUCCACGAACGAGCUGAUGCCGCCUUACCGUCGCGUAACGUCGGUUUGAAAUUCAGGCAAAACUGACUCUUGACGCGUUAAUCGUAUAAUUGAAAAUCGAACACCAGCGGCGUCAGCUUGAUUUUAUCACGAGGGCGACACUGCGCCUGACCCCACGACGGGAAGAGUGGAACGGCGUGUCAUAAGAACGUGACGGAAAUUCUGCUAUAAAAGAAAUAGUUUAAUAAAUUAUGUGAAAAUUUAAAUGGGCGACUUUCCUUGAUAUCCACAAGGCGAUAUUAUAUUCGUAAUAAGGUUAAGAACUGCGACAUUGGCGGCUGAGGUUGUUAGAAAGGUCUUGAUUAUGUGUAUAAAAUCAGCGGGGAGUCGGCUCCCUUCUAACGGAAUAGCGUUCUUAAGGUAGCUAGGUUUAAUUAGUGAGGACAUAGUUAGGGUAUCUACGUUAUUAACUUUGUUAUUAAACCGAUAAAUUAUUUUUGAUUUUGUUUAGGUUUUGUAUUGGUAGGUGGCGCUCGGGUGCCAAGUAAUGAACAGAUUGCGUUGAACUGCAACACGAGCCUUGUUAAGUAGUGUCCAUACAGCCGUGUUCGCCAGUGAGUCCCGGUUCACAGUUCACACGGACGUGCGCGGCUGUGUGGGCGAGCCUUUAUUCGCCUGUCCGGGACACGUCAGUCGCGUUAGCGCUGUAGAUCCGCCUCCGUUUCACGUAGCAUGGCUUCGCGUAGCAUUAUUUGUACGGUUUAUUUGUCUGACGGAACGGUGUCGAAGUGUGUAGCGAGCGGUAAUGACAAUAGAUUCCCUGUCGAUGGUUCCGCCACCACUGGCCCGCAUUAGACACUCCUGCACUUGUAGAAGUAUAAGAUUCCGACCGCGCUCAUUUCGCUAACGAGUGUCCAUAGUUAACUUCACCACACAUUUCCUAUAAGACAAAUAUGUUAUAUCUUUCACUAAUAAUACGUCAAUAGCUAGGUUCCAUUUCGGCCUUUAAUCUCAUUUUACAUGUCUAACGAUAAACUAGCUUGUUAACUUCAUGUUCUUUUUUUAUUUUUACGACGUAAAUAGUGCGUUUAUUUGGGCACAAAUAUUUUUUCUUAAUAAUUCCUAUGAUAAUAUAAAUACUGUAUGAGAGUCCAACACGUUGGGUUUUAUCUCCAGAGUAAAAAAAAUAUUUCUUGUUUGACUUAUAUUUUCAAUAAGAAUAAUAUUUUAAAUAUAGAAGAGAGGCAGAUAUGUUAUACUAAAGUAUUAUGUUAAUCCUUUAAGUUGGCGGCUCUCAUACAUACUGCAUGCAUAUAAAUUAAAAUAUAAAAAAAAAUGUAUGUGUUUAAAUAUUGACUUGUAUCACCUGUUAGUAUUUCAAUGGAUGAAAGUAUGUUCCUUAAUAAAGUUUUUUAUUUACAAGUAAAAUACUGGCAUUAAGGUUUCAUAUUUAAUAUCCCAAGUUAAUAAAUAUACACCACUCUUCACUGGUAAAAAAAAAAUAGUAAAAUGUUAUUUGUGUAUUGUGUGUUACUACCACAAAGUCUAAAUGUGAAGUAUGUUCUUAUUUCCAAUAUUUUAUUGUAUUACUUAAGUAUUUGUGUAAUACAAAACUAAAAUGACAUAUUUGUAUAAAAAUCUUUACUUUCUAUUAUAUUAUUGUCAAUCAAUGAAUAUGUACAAAUCAAUUACAUUGUAAUUAUUUAUAUUAAAUCUUUAAAGGCGA